AUGUCUGCUCCGCAUGCGAUUCUCGCCCAGCAGAUUUCAAACUCCCCUGCUGCGUCCGUUUCGCCUUCGCCUGCGGAUGUCCACCACAAGGUUGGUGCCUCCCAUGUUGCCGCCCCUACACCUUCUGCCACAGCUGUUGCCCCUGCCAUUGUUGCUACAACUUUUGCAAUGGAGGUUUCGGGAAUUGUGGCUAGUCCCCCACCUUCUCCUCAGGCUGUGCUAUGCCUUUGUAAGCUCGUUCAGAUUCCUCAGUGCAUACUUGCUUCCAUCUCUUUUAUUGCCCUUUCCUGCUACCUACGGAAAUAUGGUCUCAGAAAAUUCUUGUUCUUGGACCAACUGUGUGAUGACACUGCUCAAGUGCAACUGGGGUACACAACGGAGCUCGAUAAAGCUUUCAAACUAUUCGCCUGGAUUCUCCUUCCUUCCUUCCUUAUUGAAAUUGUUCACAAAAUUUUAUGGUACUCAACUGUAACCGUCUCAAAUCCCUUCAUCAGUGGCCAGAUUCUUAGCACUUCGUUAGUCUUUACAGCUGUUACUAUGUCGUGGCUUUAUAGAACCGGUGUUUUCCUCUUAGUUUGUAUGCAGUCCCGCUUGACAUGUCAUCUGCAAAUUCUCCGGUUCGAUGGUUUCAGGAAGUUUCUUGAAGAGUACAGUUCUGAUGUUAGUAUUAUUUUGAAGGAACACAUGAGAAUUAGGCAUCAAUUGUUUCUUAGCAGCCACCGUUUUCGAUUUUUCGUUCUUGCUUCUUUGCUUACAAUUACCAUCAGUCAGUUUGCUGCUCUUCUGAUGACAUUGUCCUCUCGCACCGAGAUCAAUUUCUUUAAUUUGAAGGAGCACAUGAGAAUUAGGCAUCAAUUGUUUCUUACCAGCCACCGUUUUCGAUUUUUCGUUCUUGCUUCUUUGCUUACAAUUACCAUCAGUCAGUUUGCUGCUCUUCUGAUGACAUUAUCCUCUCGCACCGAGAUCAAUUUCUUUAAUGCUGGAAAUUUAGUGGUCUGUUCUGUUGUACAAGUCACUGGUUUCUUGCUUUGCUUAUUGGGAGCUGCAAGAAUUACACACAGAGCUCAAGGAACAGUCUCUGUCGCUACAAGAUGGCAUGUACUGGCUACCUGCACCUCCUAUGGUUCCUCUUAUCCUCAGACAGAAAACUUACCAUCACCUCAGUCACAUGUAGAGAGUUCGGUAAAUCCUUUCUCUUGUGUCGACUCUGCCAGCGAUUCUGAAACAUCUGAAGUAUUUUUCAUGUUUCCAUCCAAAGAUGCUUCAGCUGCCUUUGAGAUUAGACAAGCAUUUGGUUUAGGAAUACAAAAGCUCUGAACAGCCAGAAAGCUCACAGAAAAGCCUGAAAUAAAAUAUAGAGUUUAUUAUCAUUGUACUCGUUUGACUAGUUUCAUCUUCAGAAAAGAA